AUGAAACAAGGCUAUCGCAACCUGUCACAACUGAGUGAGAGUGACGAAGAAACAGUCUUAGAACUGCAGUCCUCGGACGCCGAAAGUUCUUCAGAUGAUGAAAGCGUUUCAAGUGAGAACUAUAUAGCGACUGAAAGCGUUGCAUCUCUGCCUGAAGGGACAUCCUCGACAUGGAAGGCAACAAUGAACUUGUUAAACUUCAUCGAAGGGGUUGGAUUGCUUGCUUUGCCGUAUUCUAUCAAAAAGGGUGGAAUCACGGCUGUGAUAUCACUGUUUUUACUGCCAAUUAUAACCUGGUACGCAGGAAAAGUGUUAGCCGAGAGUUUGUACGACAGCGACGAGAAAAAAGGAAAGAUUCGAGCAAGAUCAACUUGGAAGGAGAUAGGAGACGCGAUAUAUCCUAAUUAUGCAGGUAAAAUUGUCGCGUGGACUCAAGACAUUGGUUUUGUUUUUGUAGCAGUCAGUUAUCUAAUUCUCUGUGGAUCUCUCACCUCCCACGCCCUACCAACAGUACCCCUCUCGCAAACUUCCUGGACUUGCUUCGCUGCACUGCUUAUUCUACCAACAAUGUUUUUGAAAUCUUACUCCCAGAUUGCAUGGCUAAGUACUAUCAGUAUAGUCGCCAUUGGUCUAACUACGGCAAUAACAGUAUGGUAUGGCGUUGAAAAUAUAGAGAAUUGGGAUCCCAGUACCCUCUUGUUUUGGGACUUCGAGGGAGUCUUCAUCUCGCUGGGAAUCAAUUUGGCUAGUUACGGCGUGUCCGAGAUCAUUCCUUCGGUAGAAAAAAGUAUGAAGAAUAAAUCGGACUUUGGAAAAGCGUUGGCUUCGGCAUUUGCUGUAUCAGUUGAAUUAAAGUGA